AUUGGGGCAUUUAAUUUCGCGGAAUCGUACCUCCAGCCUCCACCGCGUUCGUUGAAAAUCAUCCCGAGGAACAACCGGCGCGAUCCGCGUCGCUAAGGAAGCAACAACCGUUCUCCGCGCCGUCGACCUCGCUCUCCCGUGAAUCUCGACGAUUCGUCGGCGAUAUUUAUUACCGAGUCACCGUCAGGGUCGCGCGCGCGCGCGCUGGAUUAUUAGCCGAGCCAGGCAGCCAGCCAGCCAGCCAGCCGGGCCGCUAUCAGCGGCGCGGACAAAGGUACACCGGCGUAUCUACGGUACAAAUCGUGACGAAGCGAUCUCGCGCUUCGCGCCGCCGGCGGCGGCGAUGCGGCGGACGACGCCGCGGUGACAGUAGCGGUUGUCGGCUAUUGAGAGAAAGUUUCACCCACGCCCACGCUCUUGAAUCUACGCGGACUCGGUGUUCGCGAGUUCGUGCUCGUGAGAUCGUCCGCCCGGGGCGGUUGAAACACGUGCGUAUGCAAAUCGCCCGUUCGCGUGAUAUCACGACGCAAGUUUUACUCGUCGCCCGCAACCGGUCUACACAAACGAACGCGUGACGAGCGCGCGCGCGGGCGCGGGCGAGAGAGCACGAUCUCACGCUCGCUCGCUCGGUGACGCCGCAUCUAUCGGAGCAGGGCCGAAGCCGGAGGUGGAGGAUGCCUGCGUCAUCGUGUAUCAUCGGCGAGAUCGAUCGUGAAACAUGAUCACGCUGCCUUGCUGUCUGUCUCCUCCGCGUUCUCCUGUCUCGCCUUCGAGCCCAGUGUGACUCCUCGACGCACCUAGGUCGCCUUGGCGAUCUGGCAGGCCGGCUCUACUUUAAUGGAUGGAGAGAAAGAUUGUCAGGGGAAGAAAGAGGCCCGGGGCGGCUCCCAGUCGUCCCGGGGCGACGCUCCGUCCGCCUCGGGAGAGGAGACUGAUUGGGAGGGUAUGCUCAACACGGAGCGGCACCGGGGUGACCUCGGCGACAUGACGUUCUGCAUGGCCAGCUACCUGAAGGAGACUAUGAAGAUGAUGUUUAUGAUGCGCAGCCAUCAUAUGCUGACUGACGUGAUACUGGAAGUCGGUUCCGAACUCUUCCACGCGCAUAAAGUUAUUUUAGCAGCAGCUAGUCCCUAUUUUAAGGCAAUGUUUACUGGAGGAUUGAAGGAGUGCGAGAUGACAAGAGUGAAGCUCCAAGGGGUCUGUCCAAGCACGAUGGCUCGCUUAAUGUACUUCAUGUAUACUGGUCAAAUAAGAGUAACUGAGAUUACCGUGUGUUCACUGCUGUCAGCAGCUACCAUGUUCCAAGUCAGCAAUGUGAUAGAUGCGUGCAGUGUCUUUCUGGAGAGGCAACUCGAUCCCACAAACGCAAUUGGAAUCGCCAACUUCGCCGAGCAGCAUGGCUGCCAUGAUUUGUACCACAAGGCGAAUCAAUUCAUUGUUCAGCACUUCAACCAGAUAUGUCAGGAGGAGGAGUUCCUGCAGCUAUCCGCCAUUCAACUGGUAACGCUCAUCAGGAAGGACGAGUUGAACGUGCAGGAGGAGAGAGAGGUUUACAAUGCUGUUCUGAAGUGGGUCAAGUAUAACGAAGAAGCAAGGCGGCCCAAAAUGGAGCACAUCCUGCACGCGGUGCGUUGCCAGUACCUCACGCCGAAUUUUUUGCGGGAGCAGAUGAAGAACUGCGAUGUAUUGAAGAAAGUGCCGGCGUGUCGUGAAUAUCUGGCGCAGAUUUUCAAGGAUUUGACGUUACAUAAGAAGCCGGUCGUGAAGGAGCGUACGCCUAAUACGCGACGAGUAAUAUACAUCGCCGGGGGUUUUUUCAAACACUCGCUCGAUGUCCUGGAGGGCUACAACGCCGACGACAAGACGUGGACGCAGCAUGCCAAGCUCAUUGUCCCCAGAUCCGGCCUGGGCGGUGCGUUCCUCAAAGGGAUGUUCUACGCAGUCGGUGGCAGACACAAUUCACCAGGAAGCAGAUACGACAGCGACUGGGUAGAUAGGUAUAAUCCAAUGACUGAUCAGUGGCGACCAUGCAGCCCAAUGUCAGUACCGAGGAACAGGGUUGGAGUCGCCGUUAUGGAUGGUCUAUUAUAUGCCGUGGGUGGCAGCGCGGGCGUCGAAUACCAUAAUAGUGUCGAAUGCUAUGACCCGGAUCAAGAUACGUGGACCAGUGUAAAACCCAUGCAUAUCAAGAGAUUAGGCGUUGGAGUAGCGGUAGUGAAUAGAUUGUUGUACGCGAUCGGUGGCUUCGAUGGCAAGGACCGGCUCAGCUCAGUAGAGUGUUAUCAUCCCGAGAACGACGAAUGGACGAUGGUAUCGCCUAUGAAGUGCAGUCGCUCGGGAGCUGGGGUAGCCAGUCUAAGCCAGUACAUAUACGUUAUAGGCGGAUACGAUGGAAAAUCGCAGUUGAAUUCGGUAGAGAGGUACGACACGGAGCGUGACGUCUGGGAAAAUGUGAGCAGCGUUACCAUCGCUCGCAGUGCUCUUAGCGUUACCAUUCUUGACGGCAAACUAUAUGCAAUGGGAGGAUACGAUGGUACGACGUUUUUAAACAUAGUAGAAAUUUACGAUCCGGCACUGGACCAAUGGAUUCAAGGUGUGCCUAUGACGUCAGGAAGAUCUGGCCACGCUAGCGCGGUGUCAUAUUAUCAGUGUCCUAUACAUUGUGAUCAUUUGGAUUAUAAUAUCUCGCUUGAAAAACCGCCAUCGUGAUACGCGGAACUGAUACGUUUUUUAGGUGACAUUCAAAAGCAAGAAUAGUCAAAUUUAUUCGCGCGGGACAAAAUAAAACUGCAAAAUAGAAGUUCCUUAAAAUGGAACUAUGCGAUAUAAAGUGGGAUAUGCCUUCAAUCGUCCAUAACUGAAUUGAGAAGUGUAUUUAUAUAAUGCUUAGACGACAUAUGCGACAUGUCGUCAAACCGGACCAUAAUUGGUCGGCUAGAAAAUCGUAACUAGUCGACGGAAAGUGCUUUCACGACAAAGCGAAGUAACUUUUGUUACUUCGCGAUUUAUCGAAGAAUCAAUUUAUCUUAUUCAUUAUAUAGGAUAAAUAUGACUGUGCAACGUUUCAUAGCUUUAUCGCUUUUUUAUUAUAGAAAUGAUUCUACAAUUAAUACAAUGAAUAGACAAAUAAUAUAUAAUGUACAUAUUCUCAUAUCGUAAGAAAAUUAUUUUCAAAGAAAA